UGUGCAUAGGCGAGGAGUGCGGCAGUGAGAGCGCAUCUUCCUCGCAUUCUCCCUGGGGAAAUUUAAAUCUCAGCAAGUUUCUCAGCAGCGGCAAGUAGCAGCGAAUCCACCGAUUGUUCAUCUUCAGGGCAAUUAAAAUCGCCAUCAUGGCGAGAUUUAUUCGCCAGUUCUCGGUGUUAUUUUGGAAAAACUGGCUCUCCCGUUUACGUCAACCGGUGCUGUCCCUGUCUGAGAUCAUUUGGCCAUGUCUACUGUUUUUCAUCCUGCUUGGAGUAAGAGUUCAGCACUUCCCCCUUCAACGAGAUAAUUGUUAUUUGGAGCCCCGCAAUUUACCCAGUGGUGGACUUUACCCCUUUGUUCAGAGUCUUUUUUGUGACGUGGGUUCUCAAUGUCAGAGUGUAUCAUCCGCAGAAGCAGCAGACUCUGCUCAAAAAUCCAGGUCAUCAUUGAGCCUCACAGAAGAUAAUGGGUCCAAUUUGCUGUCAAUAGUAGAAGAACUUGGAAAGGAAAUCAAUGCAACCAUGCAGCAAGCAUCCAGCUUACAAAACAAAAUGAACGAAUUGUUCGGACAGUCAGGUGCAGUUGCACAGCUUGGAUUAUCCAUGACAGCUCUGAAUGAAAUGGACGAUGUCACUAACAUAAUAGAAAGAAUUCAUAAUGAAACAUAUACCUGGGAAAUUCUUUUCAAUCUUCCUAACCUCGUGAAAAUAUUGAUGAAUGAAGACUUUUUAAGCAGAGGGGUUAGUGCCAUGGCUGAAACGCUGAUGAAUCUAAAAAGAUUAUUAGAAUCAGUGGAAGACCUGUUCAGUCCCACCUAUGAGAAUACAUAUUUGGUUUUAGACUCCACCUUUAAUCUGACCAUCAGUGCAAUGGAUAUCAUGCGCAGUGUGGUCAGUCGAGGUAUGAAACUGAACCUGACACUUAUGGAUAUUCUCUGGAAUGCUGAAGAAGCUCGGUCAAUAUUAAAGAAUGCAUUUAACCUGGAUCCCAUCAUGGUCGAGCAGCUGAUGAAUACAUCAAUUCCUGUACUCAAGUUUCCCAUCCUACUGAAUAUGAACGAAUUCCAAUCAUAUAUAUCUGAGAUGGUCAAAAUACCUUUCUUUUACCGGAACUACGUCGCAGGUUUUCUGUUCCAUAACAUUGAUACGAUGAAAGUAUUCAAACAGGUCUUUAAUCAUUGGGAAAACGCUGGACUAGAUGAAUACUUGGUGACCAAGUUUGAUCAAAUGUUGACAGCAUUAAUGAAGCCUUUAACAAUCAACCAGGAUUUAGACACAGCUUCUUCAACACAACAAAUUAUUUAUCUGCUCAGUAACUUCAGUCAGCUCAUUGUGCAGUCUAAAAACAAUGCAUCAUCAGAAGAGUUACAAAAGUACCAAGAUAACUUGGAGUCUUUGCCACAGUGGCCUCAGCUCAAGUAUAUCCUCGUGAGAGACAAAUUAUACAGAGACUAUAUUAUUGAAUUAAUCAAGACUGAGAGAGAUGUUUAUAUAUUUCUGAAGAAAGUGUACUCCAGCUUGGGAGUGAAUGAUGUGGACCGGAUUAUCAUGGAUGUUGAUAUUCUGAUAUCAGAAAUUAAAAUGAUCGUGACCCAAAAUGAAAUCGUCACAUGCAAAGAUAUUGUCUUGAAGAUUAAAGGUGUUCUCAAUCUUCCAGAGGAGCCAUUUUUAAAUGAUGCUUUAACAUCUAUAACCUGUGGGCAGCAGCUCAGUGAUUCCUGGAACAUAACUGAAUAUUUUCCAUCUACAAAGAGAUAUAUAGAGGCUAUGGUGACUAAUGUGCACCCAGAAAUUCCAGUCUCAGUUGCAGAUAUGUACAAAGGAUGGCGGGAAGUAUACGCAGAAUAUGACUCCCUCAAGAAGUUUACAACAGAGUUCUUCAUUAGUCUCACAGAAAAUAUGACUAUGACUUCUAAGUUUUGGCAAAACUUUGAAUUCAACACUUUUCAGCAGCAUCUCUUGUGGAACUUGGCCUUUGAUAUAUUUGAUGUACAAGGGUCUGCUUUGGAGAGAAGCAAUUACUGGCCAGGCAUAGAGAAGUAUGUUAGAGGAAUUUGCUGGGUGAUCGAAAACUCAAACCAACAUCUUGCAGGAAAUGGAUCGAUGUGUGACAAGGGGGAAAUCAACUGGAGAAAUCUAUUUAAUGAGACUCUGAUAUUUAUACAGAAUGCCCAGAAUGACAGAGACACAUGGGAGAAGUGGUUUCUGAAUGCAGUUCUAAAGUUUUUAAAUUACCAAAACAUAAUAAAACUAAGUGCAGAUGACAUGCAGAUCCUCAGUCAGAGUUUUGGUGAGGAUAGCACCACAUUUGGAAAUAUCCAAGGAUUGCAGAUAGUUCUGAAGGUGAUUCUGGAGAAUACAGAUCUGUGGAUGAACAACUACUUCAAUAUAGAUGCUAAAACAUCUUCAAUCAUGGAUUCUUUGGUUGAACUUCUUCAAGUAAACAAUGCCAAUUUAUUGAUCUCCAAAAUAAAAGUUUUUAUGAAUCAAUGGUCAAAAGGACUGCCAUCAGAAUUUAUGGAAAUAUUCAACAUUUUACUCAGUGUGCUAGAAAAAGGAGUAGAAGAUGCAAUAAUCAUCAGCCCCUUUCAAGAUCAGAUCAACAGAUUUAAUGUUACGUGGGCCAAUUUGCAGAAGAUGCUCCUCUACAAUUCUACAGAAACUGUAACAAAAAGUCUAAAUUUCUUCUGGAAUUUCACUUCGUCAGUAUGGUUUGCAUCAACCAAACCCAAUGUAGAUUAUGUUGAUGUUGCUCAGAUGUUUUUGCGUUAUUUGAACAAUCUUGGUUUACUAUCUCAAGAACAAUUUUCUUCUGUAGUGGAAGCCAUCAGCACAUCAAAAAACAUUUCAAUAAUUGCCUCUUCUACUCAAGGUCUAUCUCAUCUGCAAGGUAUGGAGUUGCAGUUAUUUAAGGUUUUGGAAACAUUGGCUGUAGAAAAUAAAACACAACUUCUGAAGACAUUUUAUAAUAUGAUUCAAGCAGUCUUAAAAAUGUCAAAUGCAACUGAGCUCUCAUCAGUGGUGACUGCAUUCAGGAAUAAUUCUGAAGAUAUUUUUAGUUUUCUUGAGCAGUUUAGCUCUGAUGACAUUGGUAAGGCUCUUGAAACAGUUGCAAAAAUUAUUAGUGUUUUUCGCAACAUGUCAAAGGAAGAUCUUACUGAAAACUUAUUGAAACUCUAUCUGUUUGCUCAGUCACAAAUACAAGGAAACACCACAGUUGCAGGACCAGCCCAACAAAAGAUAAAUGAAGCAAUUGCAAGACUCACAGAAGCUUUCCAUAAUAAUACAAACAACAUUAGUUGCAUACUGUUGCAAGCACUGCAGUCUUCAUCCGUCCCUAUUUCUGAUCUUUUGUUGCAGCAAUAUUGUUCCAUACAUAAUACUAGAAAAAAAAUCCGAUCAUUAAAUACUGGCUCUAAUUCACUAUCAAGUGAGAACCUAUACAGUUCCUUGGUGGAAAAAAUGAUCAUCAGCUUAACAUAUACAAACAGAGAUACGGCUUUGUCUACUUUAUCAUGUAUAGCAGAUUUGUUUCUGUUAUGGAUGGAUAUCAUGAAAGAGGUUGCAGUACAAAUGGAUUUGGAUUUUAGUGUAGUGAACAACCUUCGUACUGCCGUAAUACAAAUGUCAGAAGAACUGAAUCAAACGUCAGAAUGUACCAACCAUUUUAUCAUGAGUAAUAGCACAGCUGCACUGAAAAUCUUUAUGCAGAACAUUACUUCCAUAGGUGGCUUUAAUCUUCAGAACUUGUACCAAGUAAUCACGAAUAAUUUAAUUAUUUUACAGCAAAUCAUGAAUUCAGCAUUUCCUAUUCCAAUUGAUAACACCAAGCUCUUUCAACUCACAGAGGUUGUGGAGAACAUGUUCAGUUUAUUUCAAGCUGACAACAUUAAUGCUUGGAACAGUAUUUCUAAAUUCUUGGAAGCCCUUCAACCAAUGUGGUUAUUGGAUGGCCCUCAGCAGGAAAUGUUUUAUUCAGCCCUACAUGCUUUUGCAAACUUGAAUCCCAGCACUGAUGUAGCAAGUAUUGAAAUGGUCUUCAAGGAAAUUCUUUCAUUUUAUAACAGCAGCGUUAACAUGGGCCAAUGUGUCCAAAAUUUGAAAGAGUUCUUCAACUUAAUGGUAAAAUAUGAGAACAGCAGUGGUCAGUUUCCACACAAAGCCUCAGUGGUUUUAAUGAAACAGUUAAUCCUUUCUAAAAGCCCAAAUACAGGGGAACAAAAAUGGGGAGCAUUGUUGCAAUGGCUGAACAUUUUGAUGCAAAACAAUCUUUCUGACCUUUCACUUUCAUUUCUGUCAAACAUAACUAAAGUUCCAAUCUACAGAUUAAACAUAUCAGAAAUGGAUAAAAUGAUGAGGAAAACAGAGGAAACAAUUUUCCAAGUGCUGAAUCUAACAGAACAGUUCAAUGGAAGUGCAUCCAGCACUUAUUACUAUGAUAUCAUUACAUUACUGGAAGUGAUGUGUCCUAAUUCUUAUCCCAAGAAAAAUGAAAGCAUUCAGGUCCUCAGGAUGUCCAUUGAAUUAGCAUAUAAUAUCUUUAACAAUGAAAACAUGUCACAUGUCUUAAUUGAAGAAUUGAUGAAACAAAUUCAAAGCCUGGGAGAUAGUAGUGCAACAGCUGAAGUCAUAUUUGGCAAACUCAGCAAAUUUAUCAGCAAGGACGCUACUUUCCAGAAAUGGUAUUCACCAGGCUUCACUGAUCCCCAAACUUUUCUUUUCAAAGACAAACACAACAUGCUUUCUUUAUUAUUGAGUAAUUUAGUUCAACAUUUCUCAGGUGCUCCUGAAAACCAAAUCACCUUGCCAGAAAAUAUAACUGAUAUAAUUUACAAUCUCACAGCAACCUUACAAUCAAUCAAAGAUAUAUAUUCCAUCAAUGAGCAACUGGAGCAAAUGCGUGCUGACCUUGCACGAAUCAUUAAAAACGCAAGUGGAACUGAGGAUAUGGAUGCCAUACUAAUAAAAUUGACAAGAAUUUUGAAGUAUAUUCCAGAAGUUCAAACCAUGACAAACUCUGUGCGUGCCAUAAGAUUAAUUUUACUAGAGACUGGAAAUGAGAGUUUUCUACAAACUCUAACUAUUAUUCCAGAUGGAAUUGCACUGAUACAAAAUCUUACUACCAUGAAUGUGAGAGAAGCAUUGGGAGCAACUUACUUGUUUGCAUUGGCACAUCAGCCAGAUGGGUUAAAGUUCAACCAAGGAAACCAGGCUGAACUAAAUGAGAAGGUGGUCAGACUGAUACAGGUGCUUUCUGCUUCGACUAAUUCAUCACUGGCAUCACAAUGUUUGCCUGUUGCUGUUUGUAGCCUGCUGUCAGAGGGAACAUCAAGUAAUAAUAGUAAUCCAAUUUUAAAGGCUUGUAACUUGGAGGCAAAUCAAAACCUUAGUACAGCUUUAAACUUGGCAGCUGAAAUUAAACAGCUCUUCGCUGGAACUGCUCAAGGAUCUGCAAAAGUGGAAUGCUUUGGAAGUGCUGUUUCUGCAGAAGUCAUUCAGCAAGUAGGUUGUGUUCUUCAGCAGUAUGAAGAGUGGAACACAGUUUUGGUCAACCUUUCUUGGAUUUAUGGUUUAGAAUGUCCAGUUGUAAUUAAACUGCAGGAAAUUUGGAAUAACUUUUCUGAUGUCAUAGUUUCCACCAAUGAGGACAACGUAAAUUGCUCGACUGUCUCAUUAAGGCGAGUUAAUAAACUGUUAGCCUUGAUUGGUAAUAAGACUUUGACAAACAAGACUUCCAUUGAACAAAUGAUUACUUUCCUCUCUGAUGUAAGAGACACAGUGCUCUUAAUGAAUGGCAACAAAUCAGAGUCUGUAUAUAAUACUUUCAGUAUUAUAACUAGUUAUUUUAAAAAUGCGGUAAAAGAUCUACCCUUGGAUUUCAGAAAAGAUGUCUCAAAAUUGAUUUACUCUGUACGGUCAUUAAUUUCAAUAUCAGAGUACGAAAAUGAGGACUUGAAAUUAGUGCUGAAUAAUUUACUGGAUGUUCUUAAUGCAAAUAUUAAUGUGAUUGACCUUUUGGAGAGCCUAUCCACAGAUGCCAACAAAAUAUUAACUGAUAAAAUGAUGAAUCCUGAGAUGAAAGAACUGUUGCCAGCUGUAGAGAAAGUGAUUAACUUCUUGAGAAAUAUGAAAACAGGUGGUUUUAUUGAUCUUGACUCAGUGCAGCUUAACGCAUCAUUGAAUGACGUGGAGGAGAUUCUGGAAGGAAUGCAACAGUUAUCCAACCUCACAGGUGAAAACCAUCUCAAACUACUCAACACCAUUAGAUACUUUCUAAAAAGGCAAAACACCUCACAAGGAGAUAUUGCAAUGUUUAUAAGAUCUGCCAGCCUGAUGUGCAAUAUUUCACAGCUGUUGAAGCAAAUGGACUCCAAUCAAUCUGGUUUUGAUGUCUAUCAAAAAUUCCUCCCUUACAUCAUCACUGUACUUUCUGAUGAGAAUGUUAACCAAAGUUCCAAUGCUUUGCAACUUUUAAGUGAUUUUGUAGAGGAAGUUUACUUACAGUCAGAUCUUCAAGUUGAAUUUCAGCAAGUACUGGUAAACAAGGCAGCUGCAAUCCUGAAUCAGUUGCUGCCAAUGAACAAUAAGAUACCUAUGAAUUACACACUUGUCAUCAGUAACAUUUGGCUGGAGAUUAUAGAAAUUGACUUCAACAGAAAGGUUAAUGACUCUGAAAUCAGAAAUAAGGUAUUGAAAUUGAUGAAAAUGCUUGAAGAGUUUCUUGGUGGAAUGCAAGGGUACAAUCCUAUGAAGGAAGCUUCAACUGAGGCCUUUAAACUUGUCAAACUAUACCUUAACUUCACUAAGGAUCUCAAGGGGGAAAACAUUUUCACAAACUUGGAGGCUAUGUGUCAGUUUGAUUGGGUUAACAAAUACUUAACAUUAAAUGCUAUGGAUCUCCUUUAUUUAAAGCUGCUGAACCUCUUUUUAGAAAAAAUGUACUUUGUUAAUGAUAUCAUGUGUAUACAAAAGGGCUGUGGAAAAGAAUUUGGAGGUCAGGUAAUCCAUGCAAUGACUGAGCUGUAUACCUUCACUGCUGAUGUUACUAAGAUUGUAGAGGAAAUAUCUUCUUCUCCUGUCCCGGAAGGCUGCAAGAACUUUGUUAAUUACCAAAAGCAAAUAUAUAUCGCUAUAGAAAAAGCAAAGCAAGCGUUGAGUAAUGCAGUGAAGAACUUUACCUGCAAAUGUGACGUGACUCAAUCACUAUAUGAACAACUGUAUGAAAGUUUGGAAGCCAUGUGCCAGUUUGAUUCGUUCAGUAAAUAUAUACGAUUAACGAAUGGAGAUCUCCUUCAAUUAAAGUUUCAAAAUCUCCUUUCAGAAAAAGUGUACUUUGUUAAUGAUGUUGUGUGUGGACAGAAGACCUGCAGAGGGAAUAUUGCAGGAAAUGUAAUCCAUGCAUUGACGGAACUGCUUAAUUUUACUACUGAUGUCAAAGAGAUUGUGGAUGAAACAUUUUCUACUCCUGUAUCGGAAAGCUGCAAGAAUUACUUUAAUUAUUAUAAGCAAGUGCAAAUUGCCUCCAAUCAGACAGGCCUAGCAGUGAGUACUGCAGUGAAUAACCCCAAAUGCAAAUGUGACUUGACUCCAUCACUAACCAAUCAAUUGUAUGAAAGAUUUAAAUACGCUGUUGGAAACCUUGGAAGUCUGUCACCAAAUAGUUCUAUUAUGACAGUACUUGAGAACAUUGGAACUUUUAAAGAUCUACACAUAGAGAGCUGUGUGAAAAACAUCAUUACUUUGAAAACACAGUUGCAGCAGAUUGGCAACCUUUCACUUGAAACCAUUGACGCAUUACUGAAGGCAAACAUCACUCUUACAGAGUUAAUUCUUCGUGCUCUUGCCACUGCUGACAGAUGCAACGAGGAAAGCUUGGCUCUAAUGUUAGCUUUUCCAGAGAAUGUAAAUAUUUCAGUUGUGACCACAGAACUGUGUUCCUUGACAUUUUGGGACCGUCACAAAGUUAUUUUAACGAUCAGCCGCAACAUGGAUGUGAAAUGUGUCACUUACAAGGCCUUUCUGCCAAUGAUGAUGUCCCCUGAGGCAAAUGAUAUGAUGAAGAGUAUCCUAAAAGUGUUCUCUGACAUUACUUCCCUUGCUUCUAAAUCGCUACAAUUCCUGGAACUCAUUCCCAAGCUUCUGGAUUCUGUCAGCAACAUGAAUCUUCCAUCAAUUUUUGAAUACGAUGAGAAUGUUCAAGCAAGGUCAUUGGGAAUUUCUUCCUCCAAAGCUCGGGAAGCCAUCUUCAAAGGAAUUUGUAAAACAAAAUCUACCAGCCUAUUUGGUGAAGGCUUGGCAUUCUCAGAACUCCCUCAAAUUGAGGAACUCACUGAGGAAGAUUACAUCAAAUACAAGAUUCCUACAAAUACCACUCCUUACUGCUUGGAAUUUUAUGAGGAUAUUGUGAAGGCACCAAAUGGGCCUUUGUUGUGGACUUUCCUGAAGCCAUUGCUACUUGGUGAAAUACUGUACGCUCCCAAUACACCAGAAAUCCUGGCAUUGAUGGAUAAGGCUGAUGGAUUACUGAAAACAGUUAAAAACCUGAAGUUCUAUUCAGAAGCAUGGCUGGAAGCUGCAAGUAUUUUUGAAGUUCCGGAAAACUCUAUGUUAAGUGAACUUCAGGAGGCUUUGCAAAGCAGUUUUGUACGCAAUUUCAUUAAGAGCCAACUGAAUACUGAUGUUGAACAACUUUUGAAAGCAUUACAAGAUUAUGAAAACAUGAAGGAAAUGACGAUAAACAACCCAGUUGCAAAACAGGUCACUGUUCUCUCACAGUUGAUGGUUAAUGUCUCAUCCUGCAUAUCAAUUGAACGCUUCAUGCCUAUGGAAUCAGAAGAAGACUUGGAGAAAAGAGUGCAUGAUCUCAUGAGAGAUAACACCUUCCUAGCUGGUGUAUUAUUUGACACUGAUGACAUUGAUGGCAGCAACACUUCGAGAAGGGCGUCUUCCCCACUUCCAUCCCAAUUGAAGUACACUAUUCGAACCAACAUUCUGCACAGCAUGCCCACUGAUGUGCUUGAAAAUCCCAAAUGGGUAUCUCAGCCCAAAAGUUUGCCAACAGACACCAUCCGCUACAACCUUGUCUUUAUUCCACUGCAAGAUAUGAUUGAGCGAGCGUUCAUUGAAAUGCAAACUGGUCAAGAUAUUUUUGAUCCUGCAGUACAGGUGGCAGCAAUGCCAUAUCCCUGCCACAAGAAUGAUCAGUUUCUCAACAACAUAGGCUUCUUUCUUCCAUUGUUAAUGAUGCUGGCGUGGUUGAUUUCCAUGGCUUGCCUGGUGCGGAAACUCGUCUUUGACAAAGAGCUUAGAUUGGAAGAGUACAUGAAGAUUUUGGGAGUGAAGCCAUUAGUUCAUUUUCUGGUCUGGUUUCUGGACAGCUUCAUUAUCUUGAUAUUCAGCAGUGCUCUCAUCACCAUUAUCCUUAAAGCCAGCGAGAUUCUUCCCAACAGUAAUGGAUUCAUUGUUUUCCUCUAUUUUUUGGAUUUUGGAGCUUCAGUUAUUUCAUUAGGCUACUUGAUUGCAGCCUUUUUCAGCCAUGCUAAUACAGCAGCUCUCAGUGCCUGCUUGCUCUAUAUUAUUACCUUCUUUCCCUAUAUGGUUUUUGUCGUUGUACAGAACCAGAUCAGCUUCUCCAGCCAGAUUCUAAUUUGUCUCCUGUGCACGACCGCAUUCAGCCAGGGAGCCUAUAUUAUCACUCUUUUUGAAGGAGAAGGACCAGGACUCCAGUGGGAUAACAUGUAUGAAGCUGCUGGGGGUGCAGAAAAUGUGUCUUUUGCUUGGAUUUGCUGGAUGAUUGUGAUUGAUUCAGUGAUAUAUCUCAUUCUAGGCUGGUAUCUACACAAUAUCUUCCCUGGUAAAUAUGGGACCCGCAGACCUUGGUAUUUCCCAUUUACAGGUUCAUAUUGGAUGAAUCUGUGCAAUUGUGCAAAAAGGCAUGAUAGAAAGAUAGGAGAAGGCUACUGGGCCCAGAAUCUGAACAACUACAACCAGCAAAUGAAUGCAAAAGAAGACCCCUUGAGUUAUAUGAACUUACCUGGGAAAGAAGAGGCGGCCACUAAAUUGGAGAUUGGAGUAGCUGUAAGGUCUCUCACCAAAGUUUAUAAGCAUAGUGAAAAAGUAGCUAUUAAAGACUUGAACCUUGAUUUCUACAAAGGAGAAAUUACAGCUUUGUUGGGACCUAAUGGAGCAGGAAAGACAACAACACUGUCAAUGUUAACUGGGUUGCACCAGCCCAGCUUUGGAGCUGUUUAUGUUGAUGGAAGGAAUAUGAAUCGAGAUAUCUCAGUAAUUAGGGAAGAGCUGGGAGUGUGCCUACAACAUGAUGUCCUGUUUGAGAGCUUAACUGUUCGUGAACACCUCCUGUUAUUUGGCAAAAUAAAAGCACCAGAGUGGACAAAAGAAAAGUUGCUUGAAGAGGUGAACAUAGCCCUUGAGAAUGCAGGAAUUUGUCAAUAUCAGCACAAACUUGUUGGAACUUUGUCUGGAGGAACAAAGAGAAAGCUUUCAUUAGCGAUUUCAUUUAUUGGAGGCUCCACUACUGUAAUUUUGGAUGAACCCACCAGUGGCAUUGAUCCUUGCUCUCGACGUAAUAUCUGGGAUAUAAUAUUGAAGCACAGAGAAGGUCGAACUAUUAUUUUCACAACUCAUCAUUUGGACGAAGCUGACAUCCUGAGUGAUCGAAUUAUCAUUCUUGAAAGUGGCCACUUGAAAUGCUGUGGUUCCCCUUCUUACUUGAAGGAACAGUAUGGACACGGUUAUAGCCUCAUCAUGUCAAAAAAGUCUUCUGCAGCAGAAUCUCAUGAGUCAUGUGAUGUCGACCUUGUGACUUCUCUGGUAAAGGAACAUAUUCCCCAGGCUUCUCUGAAAGAAAAUGCCUUUGGAGAAUUGACAUACAUUAUUCCCACUGCAGAAGAUAAAACUGCCUUUGAGAACUUGUUGCAUGCUCUGGACGAAAAUAUGGAAAACCUAUAUCUAAGCAGCUACAGCAUCUCCGAUACCACACUGGAAGAGGUCUUCAUGAAGUUGCUACAGAAUGAAGAAAGAUCUGCACAUUAUCACAGCCAAGAUAGAGAGUCUCUAAAAUCUGAGAGCAUUUCUACUGAGAAUGACAAUGAGGCACUUGCUGAAGACACACGGGUGACUGGUAUAAGACUGUCUUUUAAGCAGAUGGCAGCUCUGAUCAUCAAACGCUUUCAUCACACACGGAGGGAUUGGAAAGGAGCCAUUGCCAACCUGCUGCUUCCCGUUCUCUUUGUCAUUUUAGCAAUGGCUCUAUUCAGCGUGAAACCUAUCUCUUCUGGAUACCCUUCACUUAGAAUGUCACCAGAUAUGUAUCAGGAUUCAGAUGUUACCUUCUUCAGUUCUGAUGAAAUGGACUUUCAAAACCUGACUGCAAUGUUGCUGAAGUCUUUGAAAAUAAAUGAACCCUGCAUUGACCAAGACUCUAAUCGGGAUAAUCCUGUAUGCUUGUGGAAAGGACCUUCAAAACCAGAGAAUUCUGUGGAUAAGUGUAAUUGUGAUAAUGGUUAUCAGCAAUGUCCUGCAACAAAUAUCACAGUUCCCUAUUUCAGAAAUAAUGAAGGAAACUUCUUAUACAAUCUCACGGGCUACAAUUUGGAAGACUAUUUAAUUACAACAGAAAACACCUUUGGAAUGAAAAGGUUAGGAGGAUGGUCAAUUGGGGAAGAACUACCUGAAGAGCUCAAAGGAAACAAUUUCACUCAAGUUGAUAUCAACUCUUUAGUAAAGGUAUGGUAUAAUCAAAGGGGAUUUCAUGCAGAACCAGCACUUCUGAAUCAGCUCAAUAACCUCAUCCUCUGGGCCAACUUACCACCAGAAGCUAACUGGAGACAAUAUGGAAUUGCAUUGUAUAGCCAUCCUUAUCGUGGCUUUCUUCUGAAUGAUGACAAAAUCUUGGAGAAUCUUCGACAGUGUGGAGUGUCGUUCUGUAUCCUUCUGGGGUUUUCUAUUUUGACAGCAAGUAUUGGCGGAUACAUUGUCCAAGAUAGAAUUACUGGGCAGAAAAGGUUACAACAUAUCUCUGGUCUGGGCUGCAGACUGUACUGGAUCACAAACUUCCUGUGUGAUAUGAUCUGCUAUCUGAUCCCAGUGGUUCUGUGCAUUUGCGUCUUUGCAGCUUUCCAGUUUUCAGCAUUCACUUACAGAGAGAAUCUAGGAGCCACAUCCCUACUGCUGAUUUUAUUUGGAUUUGCUACAAUGCCCUGGAUGUACCUCCUUUCAAGGUUCUUCACCAGUUCAGAUACUGCUUUUAUAACAUAUACUGCAAUUAACUUAGUGCUGGGUCUUUGCACAAUUCUUGCAACCUACCUUCCUCGCUUUCUAGGACUUCUAUCCAACAAUGUGCAUUUACUGAAGGUUUACAGUGUACUUCGCUGGGCGUUCAUCAUUUUCCCACAGUUCUGUCUGUCAUUUGGAUUGAUAGAACUAUCCUACAAUCAGCUGACAUUUGAUCUCACUCAGGAUUUUGGGAUUGAUUCCUACAUAAGUCCAUUUAAGAUGGAAUACCUUGGCUGGGUCUUUGUCGCAAUAACACUGGAAGGAUGCUGCUGCUUCUUAAUUCGACUCCUGUUCCAAGGACAAUUAUUACACAAGCUCAGGUUCAAGGAUUCAAUGGAUGAUGCAAAGGAUGAUGAGGAUGAAGACGUGAAACGGGAAUGUCAACGGGUUCUGAAUGGAGAAACAAGCAGUGAUGUUAUACAGAUUCACAAUCUAAAGAAAUCUUACCAUUUUCUAAACAGAAAUGUUAAUGCUGUAAGAGGAAUCACCAUGGGAGUUCCUAUAGGAGAGUGCUUUGGUCUCCUGGGUGUGAAUGGAGCUGGGAAAACUUCCACAUUCAAGAUUCUGACAGGAGAUAUAGGACCAUCUUCAGGACAUGCAACUAUUAGGACUCUUGCAGGGACUGAACAAGAUAUUGUGGGUAGCAGUAUUGAUGGGACCCUGAUUGGCUACUGUCCCCAGUAUGAUGCGUUGGAUGAUCUGUUGACUGGUUGGGAGCACCUGUACUACUAUGCUAGAAUCCGUGGCAUGCCUGAAAAGAUGAUCAAGAAAACUAUUCAUGAUCUUGCUCAGUGCCUGCAUCUGACAUUCCACAUUAAUGAAGUAGUGAAAACAUACAGCGGUGGCACAAAGAGGAAGCUGUCAACAGCAUUGGCAUUGAUUGGCAGACCUCAAGUUCUUUUACUGGAUGAGCCAAGCUCAGGAAUGGAUCCUGAAUCCAAGCGUUUUCUCUGGAAGGCAAUCCUAAGUGAAGUGGAGGCUGGGUGUGCAGCCAUCUUGACAUCCCACAGCAUGGAGGAAUGUGAGGCCUUAUGUACCAGACUUGCCAUUAUGGUAAAUGGGAAAUUCAGAUGUAUUGGCUCUCCCAAGCACAUUAAAAACAGGUUUGGUGAGGUUUAUUCGGUUAAAGUAGCACUCAGUCAACAAUCAACCAACUCAAUGGAGUUCACAGACCUGCUGAUGUCCCAUUUUCCAGGCACUAUAUUGAAGGAAGAACAUCAAUAUUCUCUGGAAUAUCAGGUGCCACAGAAAGAAGGGGAUUUAGCAAAGAUGUUCCAGUUUCUUGAGAAUAACAAAGAGCAACUCAAUAUCAAACACUAUUCCAUUAGCCAAGCAACACUUGACCAGGUCUUCAUUAAUUUUGCUCGUCAGUUAGAGGAAUCUCUGGAUAAAGCAUCUGCAGAAGUAGACAGAAGAAACCCAUCUGUGUAGAUCACUGAAGAAUGGGGUGCUAAAAGUAAUGACAGGAUACUAACAGCGAAAACUGAAGUUCUAAAUCUCAGGAUUUGACACAUGUUAAAUACCUCAGCCAUUUUUUUUUGUGUCAAUUGAAAAGAUUUUCUUUUAAAAUUAAACUUGACUAACAAUAGUCAUUUUCAUAAUGGAUUUCCAAGGCACUUUUUGCACAUUUCAUCUAUUUUAAUUUUACAUUGAACAAAAUUGGAGUAGAUUACAAUUUAAAUAAAAUUACUGUUAAAUAAAAUUAAAAUAAUGUAAUGUUUAUUAUUCCAGUGGCUGGGACAAUCAUAGAAAAUAAAUACAUAGAACAACGUGUUAUCUGAAAAAAGAUAUUAAAAGCAUGAGAUCUGUUGGUUUAAGAUUUAUUAAAUAGUGGGUUUGAAGAUCUUUUAAUUUUCUGAUAUUUACACUGAAACAAAAAUCAGUUUUUGAAUACUAAAAUUUGAUGCAGUCAGCCUGAAGAAAAUCCAUCAAAUGAUAAUAGUUGCCAGUCAAAAUUAAUUGUGGUUUCCAAUAAAUGAGCUGUUCUUCUGACAAAUUUUCACUUUAUGUAAUUUGUUUCUGUAGCAUGUACUUAAGUUAAUGAUCUCGAGAAGGUAAAUAAAAUUCAAAACUUUUUACCAUUAAUUUAUAUCUAAAAAAUCAUGUAUUUUACAUAAUCAUUAUAUUAAGCUGUUUAAUUUUGGGUCAUUUAAAUAAGACACCACAUUAAGAUGUGAUGCUAUUAAAGCCUUUUUUUAGGAAAUAACUGAAUAUUUUCUGCUUUAAGAAAUAUUAAUGUAACUAGUAAGGUUAAAUGUUCUGACAUUUUCAAAAGCUACAAAUUUUUUUUUAGAUCUACUUAUGUUUGGUUUACCAAGAGCUUGGUUAAGAAGAAAGCCCAUCUCUUUUCCCCCCAAAAUUGCUUUUUUGACAUACAGACAGGUGAACCUUGUGAUGGGUUCCUGCAUGUUAAUUGUUUGAUUAGUUAAUGGUUACUCAGUAGACUUAGUUGAUUCUCAGACUCAUGGUUAAGUUAAAACAAUUUUUGUGAGCACUGUAUGAACUUGGAUUUAUUGGGCAAUAAGCCCUAGUUGUCCCAAUGAUUUUUUUUCUCUCAGGGUGAGCAUAAUUGUGCUAAGAAGUGAUCUAACAUUGACUGUCCUGAAGUGUUCUGGAUAAAGCUUCAUGUGGGCUUUCUUCUUAACCAGAUUCUUGGCGAACUAGACAGAGAUAUUUGUUGUAUGAUUUUAAUAUGGUAAUUUAAUAUAAAACAUGUUAUACUUAUUAAAUUGGUUAUUUUAUUGAAAGUGAAAAUUUAAAACGUUCUUUUACUUUUGAAGAUCCCCUGAGAAAUAUUUUUGGAAGUUAUACUUAAAAUAAUGAAAUAAGAAUAAGAUGGAUCAUUUAUCACUUUGUAACUACUUUGAAAUCAAAUUCUUUGAACCUUAAAGAAUAAGUGU